AUGUCGUCCUCACAGGAGGAUGCUGGACAUGUAACUGCUGGCCUCUCAGCACCGGUCUCAGCAUCCUCCUUACAACCUCCGGCAGCCACCGUGAUACCACCAGAGCCUGCUGCUACCAAGAAGAUGCCGCCGUGGGCCAUCCCCUUCGACACGCCCGCCAGGAACCGCUUCCUCAAGGACUACCGGAUCCAGGCGGCCUCUGCGACCUCGACAAUCCUCGCAUGCCUGGCCGUGACCCCACUGGAGAACGUGAAGACUCGACUCCAGUCAUACAACUUCAAGGGGACCACCGACUGCCUUCGUUACAUGAUCAAACAUGAAGGACCACGCGGUUUCAUGGCUGGCGCGUUACCACCAUUGGCAAGUCUUACCAUAGUCAGAGUCACCAAUUUCACCGUCUACCAGAAGAGCAAACAUGCCAUCUCCGACUUUGUGGAAAGACACACUGGAACAUCACCAUUAGCCACAUACAACACUCCAGGUUCCCUUCCUACUUUUACCGGCGUCUCCUGUUUCAUGGCCUCUGGAAUGUUGGCUGGUCUCUGUGCUGCUCCUAUUGCAUGUCCAUUUGAACUCGCCAAAAAUGUGGUUCAGACAUCUGUUCUGAUGGCUAGCAGCCAGCGUGAACCCACGGGAAAGGGCCUCAAGUACACCUCACUUCAGAACGUUCCACGCCUAUCAACAGCCCAGGCUAUCAAGCAAAUCAUCUCUCGUCAUGGCUUCAGGGGCCUUUACACCGGAAUGGGUCUUCAUGUGGCUCGAGACACAGUUGGCACCGGACUCUACUUCGCCGUUUAUGAAACAUCAAAGCAGCUUACGUCAAAAUACCUGGGUGACAACCAUUCUCCAUUCGGGCCGCAGUUGGUUGGUGGUGCGCUCUGCGGCACCCUUCCAUGGCUAUUUACGUACCCACUCGACACCCGCAAAACUCGCCGGCAGAGCAUGAUACUCGGUCAAUCAAAAGAAGUGGGAGCCGCCGUGGCCAAGAAUUCCGUCUACACCGGUCUAUCCGUUAUCAUCCUGCGCACAGCUGUGCAGAACAUGCUCCUUCUGACCAUGUUCGAGUACUUCAAGAGAGAGAUCGAUAAGCUGGAAGUUUGA